UUUUUUCAGAAAUAGUAAGUAAGUUAGUCAAGUUAGUCUGCUAUCUUGACAAUGAUUUUACCCAUGGCACGUCCACCUGCUUGAUAUUCAUACGCCUUGAUGGCUUCCUCAAAGGGGAACACCUUGUCAAUGACAGGCUUGAGCUUUCCAGAUGCCAAGUUUUCGGCAAUGGCAUUGAUACGCUCCUUGGUGGGGAUCAACUCGAGGAAUGCCGCCAGUUCGGGCUUGCCUGCCUCGGCAAUGGUCCUAAUUUUGCUGGAAUCUUGUCCUUCUUUGAGGAUUUUGCGUCCCAUCUCUAGCUCUUUUGUGCAGUCCAUGACAACAUCGGCCCAUCCCUUUAACACUUCUCCGGCAUUUUGUGAUUUGUAAUCGACCACUUGAUGGGCACCACCCGUCUUUUUGCAAAAUUCCGCCUUGGUUCCCGCCGAAGCCGUCGUGGCCACUGCUGCCGCUCCAAAGUGAUUCUUGGCCAAUUGCAGGGCAUGGAUGCCGACCCCACCGGCUCCACCACUGAUAAACACCUUGUCUCCCUCCUUCAACCCAGUUUCUUGAAACAAAUGAAACGCCGUCAUGGCAGCCACGGGUGUGGCAGCUCCCUCUUCAAAGGAUACAUUGUCGGGAAGCCGGGCCAUGAUGUUGGCGGGAGCCACCACAAAUUCGGCCAUGGAGCCCGUCACUUUGGGGCCGGUACUCUGGGCCAUGACAUCCCCAAAGACGCGAUUGCCCACUUGGAACUCGGUCACUCCAGCACCCAGUUCGACCACGAUUCCGGCCACAUCAUAUCCGACCACGACCGGAAAUGUUGGUUCGGCAAUGCCCAUAUAGCGGCGUACGACAUCAACGGGAUUGGUGGCGGCCGCCUUGGUUUGAAUCAAGAUUUCUCCUUCCUUGGGAGAUGGUUUGGGGAAAUCCGAGACCAACUCAAAAUCAAAGGGUUGCUGCUUGGAAAGAUCGUGGCUUUUCUCGACAACGGCUUUCAUGGUUGUGGUCAUUAUUAUUUUAUUGCAGAGUCUUUGAUAACAAAGUUAGUUAGUAUUGGAUUGGAUUGGUUUGGUUGUUUUUGAUUGUUUCUUUUGAGUUUUGUGUCCUCAUUUGCAUCCACCAUCUUCUCUCUUUGUCUUCGUGCAGGAUUGGAUCCUUUGGAUCUUUUCAGAUCCUUCAGCACCUUCGAAGAAGCUCUUUCUCUCUUGGACAAAGUGGUUUCUUGAAGAACGUUUUCGAAGGAAUUGGGUUAAUCACUCUAACCUUACUGUAGUAAAGGUACGAUGUACAUCACUGCCGACCGCCGAUGACCUUGCAAGUCAUCAAAGCAAAAGAUCUGGCAAACAUUCAUUUCUUGGCUUUUGGGUCUCCUUGUGGUCGCCAUUGUAUGGUAUGAGUACAAACCUUUAGCAAAGCAACACGAUGACCAUCUCCUCCUCUGCUCCCGUCCCAUCAUCGUCUUCUUCAUGGUGGAAGAAUCUCUUGUCUCCUCUCUUUGGGGACAACAGCAAAUCAUCAGAUAAUGCUCCCGGCAAGGUGUGGUCUGCCGAUGCCGCUGGCACGGCAUUUUCCCGUGGCGACAUGAUUUCCAAAGAAGGAGGGGCAGCAGUGCGAGUGGCAUUUCGCAAUCAAUCCAAGUUGCCGCUGAUCUUGUCGUGGAUUUCGGAAAAUGGCCAAUGCCAUCAUUUUUACUCGCUCAAACCCAGUCAAAUGUUGAUGGAAGCUCCCGUGACGGCGUUGGAUCAUGUCGAAAACACGUGUGUGGGUCAUUCCUUUUGCAUUGCCCACGUGGGAGCCGACGAGGAACGAGUCAAGAAAGACAAAAAGCUGGAACCGCGGUUUGUAGUGGGUGGAUAUCGUCCCACACGAGCCAUUGAAGUGAAUGAGGACAAUCGCGAUCAGUACGUUCAUUUGGUCACCAUUUCCCGACAAACACCCACCAAAGAAGUGAUGUGUUGUGGUAGCGGAGGUCCAUUUUUGAGAAAUAAUAAGCAGCAAGUUGUGCCAGUCAGUAAUGACGAUGACGACGACAAUCUCUGUUGGGUGGUGACAGCUAUUGAAUCCAAGGUAGAUGACAAUCAAAUCAACACGGAAGACAAGGUGUACGAAAAAUCCACACUCGGCGGAUGGCCCGUUUGCAUCGAACCCCACUGCUUUGACGACGACAAGGAACUAGAGAAACGAAUUGCUCAAGAUUUGGAAUUUGCAGUCUCGCGUCUGCCGGAACAUGCCCGGGAUCGUCUCCGACAAAAGACGCCCGUAUUCAUCAACAAAACGCUCCAAUACGGCCCCCAAGCCUGUCCCAUUAAUGGCCGUGGCCUUUGUUUUCACGGCGAACGCAAGUGGCUCGAAGAACAUUUCAUGUGCACCGACAAACACCAAGCCGUCGAACUCUACAAUGCCAAGGAGUACUGGGAUGAUUGUAAACUGUGGGGCCGUGGAGGCGUCCUCGUUCACGAAUUCUCACACGCCUACCAUCAUAUCUGUGUCGAGAAUGGAUUCGACAACAAGGAAAUUCUAGAGUGCUUUGAGGCGGCCAUGAAGGAUCGACUCUACGAUUGGGUUCGUGUCCACGGCACGCAAGGACCCAUGAACAAGGCAUAUGCCUGCAACAAUUGCAUGGAGUACUUUGCCGAGCUGUCGGCGGCCUUUUUGGGACAACCCGAUCUGCAUGCGAGUGAAGAGUACAACAAGUGGUUCCCAUUCAAUCGACGACACAUUAAGGAACACGAUCCACGAGCCUACGAGAUGUUGAAGAAGAUAUGGAAGGUAGAUGAUUGAGACAUCAUACUCAGCAACAAUGUUCUCUGAAGUAUGAAGUAUGAGUCAAGUCGUCGCAAGAGCCGUGGGAAGGUUUGUAUGUUGUUCUAAGUUUGAAUGUCAAUACACUGCCUGUCUGGAGUCUUUCGACGGACAUCCUACACGACACGACGACAAUUCAUAGU